CAGGCAUGUUUCGGCACCAGUAUCCUCUAGUGGCAGUGUUUUGAGGUGCCAUUGACAAGAAGGUGAGCUAGGUGAAUAUGAAAGAGCGUCGCGCACAGCUAAACCGUGUACAGUAGAGAAGGCGCUCCCAACACCAGAUCGCCUACACACUUUCACCUCGCCGCCAACUCCACCCUGCUUAACCACAAUGCCGACGUAUCGCAGCAUCAAUAUUGCGCUCCACUCGCAAUUCGACAUCGAGACUCUCCCCGAAUACUUCCCGCCGCCUUCCUCACCAUCUCUCGACUCUUCCCUCAAUCUCGCUCCCAGCAUCCCGCCGCUCAUCGACGACACCACAUCAACAUGCUCCAUCCAUGUCCCCGUGCUGCCCGGCAGCCAGUUCUGGAUCGCAUACUCGGUCUCACCGCCUGUGCCGGAAGGGCACUAUUUCCUUUUCAAGCUGUACAUCGAUGGGGAGAGGGUGGUGAGCUGGAGUACUGGGAAAGAGGAUGGCUGGAUGGGACAGACUAUGUUUGGGCUAUUUCAGAGCGAAGGGGGUCAUGGCGGGGUUGGUGAGAAGAGAAGGGUCGAGAAGAGGGUGCUUUGUUUCAGCGCGCCGGAUAGGAAGGGACGGAUGAAGGAUGGGUGUGUGGAGAUUCGGGUGCAUCGCGCGAAUGGGAGGAAGAGGGCUGAGAGGGAGGUGGGAGUGUUCGAAGAAACAAAGCUUGCAAAGAAAGAGGGCGGCAUCAGGUGAGUCUGCAACAAACAAAGCUAGUGGAAGAGGGAUGCUGAUCCACCAGCCUCGUCAACGCUGGACGCGCGGGUCCUGAGCAACCCAAGCGUUUCUACAAGUUCGCACUCAUUGACCCGGUCGAUCAGCCCUUCGCCACGUUCCGCUACUACUACCGCACCUGGGAGCAGUUGCGCGACCUGGGUUUGCUGGACAAUGAGUACUAUACGGAGAGCGAGGAAAAUGAC